CUAAUUUAUUGCACUAGUGCAGCAGUGCAGCUAAAAAGAACAGAUGAUUUCCAUUGACAUUCCAGAAAAAUAACAUUGGACAGGAAAUUAUUUAUGCGCACGAAGAUUUAUUAUUUAUAUUUUAAACGAAAUGGAUUCUUAUAUAAUGCAGAUUCGACGAACAUGGCUUAACCAGGAUGGGGAAGCAUUGGCAGGUUUCUUAUCUCUAAGACACAAUCAUGUUUCAAUAUCUCAAGUUGGAUCAGAAACUGCUAUAAUCAAGGCUGUAGAACAUUUAUCUGCACCAUUAGAUGAUUUAGUCCUUUGUCAUUUAAAAGCUGUAUCUGCUAUGAACAAGAAUGAUGCCCUUGCUAUAUAUAAUUAUCAAAGUUCAGCUGUACAAUGUCUUGCUAAGAUCCUGCAAAUCCAAAAGGAAGAAAACUGGAUGUUGCCAGUAAUGAAUGUAAUGUGUCUAGAAUUAAGAUUAUCUGCAAUAGGUGCAGAAAAUUCAAAGUAUAACAAAAAUAUAAAGCAUGGAGAAGUUCUUGAGAAGUGUGCUGAGUGUUUGAUGGCUUGUUUCCGUGUUUGUGCAGCUGACAAUAGAAGUUCAGAAGAAGAUACAAAACGAUGGGGAAUGUUAGCCUUAAUUAAUCAACUAUUAAAAGUAUAUUUUAGAAUUAAUAAAUUGCAUUUGUGUAAACCUUUGAUACGGGCUAUAGAGUCAUCUCCUUAUAAGGACCAUUUUGCAUUAGCGCAACAAAUUACAUAUAAAUUUUUUGUUGGCCGGAAAGCAAUGUUUGACAGCAAUUAUAAAAUUGCUGAUGAAUACCUAACUUAUGCAUUUGAGCAUUGUCAUAUACAAUGUACAAAAAAUAAGAGAUUGAUUUUAACUUACCUUGUACCUGUGAAAAUGUUAUUAGGAUAUAUGCCAAAACAAAGUCUUUUAGAAAAAUAUAAUUUAAUGGAAUUCUGGGAGCUGAUGGAAUCCGUAAGAAAGGGAGAUUUACGUUCUUUAGAAGGAGUAAUGGCAAAACAUGAAAUUUUUUUUAUUGAUGCUGGUAUAUAUUUAAUUGUGGAAAAAUUAAAAUUGAUUGCUUAUAGAAAUUUAUUCAAAAAAGUAUAUUUAGCACUAAAUACGCAUCAAAUACCGGUUCAAAGUUUGCUUAUAGCAUUACAAAUAAAUGGGAUGGAGGAUAUAGAUAUGGAUGAGACAGAAUGUCUUCUUGCAAAUUUGAUAUACGAGGGCAAAAUUAAAGGUUACAUAUCUUAUCAACAUAAAAAGUUAGUUAUAUCUAAACAAAAUCCUUUUCCUUCAUUAUCUACAAUUGUAUUAUAA